AUGAAAUGGUAUAUACAAGGGUUGGUGUUUGGAUACCUCAGUGCCCCCCAAAGAACUGGGAGGCAAGGUCGUGGUCUGGAGAUGGAGACGGCCAUCAGGAGCACUCCACUCGACUGGGUUCCUCACUCGAUCGAGCUUGCUCUUGACUCGAUCGAGUUGUGCCUCGAGUUAGCCACUCUUCUUCCUAAAACCUGCUCCUGCCGGGGUUGGAUCUUCUAG